CGCCAUGCCUGAGCCUGCCAAGUCCACUUCUGCCCCAAAGAAGGGUUCCAAGAAGGCGGUGACCAAGGCCCAGAAAAAAGAUGGUAAGAAGCGCAAGCGCAGCCGCAAGGAAAGCUAUUCCGUGUACGUAUACAAGGUGCUGAAGCAGGUCCACCCGGACACUGGUAUUUCGUCUAAAGCCAUGGGCAUCAUGAAUUCGUUCGUUAACGACAUCUUCGAGCGCAUCGCGGGCGAGGCGUCGCGCUUGGCGCAUUACAACAAGCGCUCGACCAUCACCUCCAGGGAGAUCCAGACGGCCGUGCGCCUGCUGCUGCCCGGCGAGCUGGCCAAGCACGCCGUGUCAGAGGGCACCAAGGCAGUCACCAAGUACACCAGCUCCAAGUGAGUCACUGAUUGCAGAGCGAUUGAUCAGACU